GCCAAAAAGAGCGCUUACAAAAGCCCCCUGAAAGCCUUCAACUUCCUUCCCCUGCAUCUCUCAUAGGAGCAUAAUAUAGACCUAUCACUUUAUAGAUUUAUCACAACCACUUCUAUAGACUAUAGUCUCUAUAUUUGCCCAUGUCUCGACCACAACAACGAUAUCGAGGAGUUCGCCAGCGGCAUUGGGGAUCUUGGGUUUCCGAAAUUCGCCAUCCUUCAUUGAAAACAAGAGUAUGGCUUGGAACAUUUGAGACAGCAGAGGAUGCUGCAAGAGCAUAUGAUGAAGCUGCAAGACUAAUGUGUGGUCCAACAGCACGCACUAAUUUCCCUUACAAUGCCACCGAGUCGCAAUCAUCUACAAGGUUUCUGUCUUCUGCUUUAAUAGCUAAACUUCAAAGAUGCCACAUGACAUCUCUCACUAUGUCAAAAAAACCUGGAACGACAAAACUGGAAAAUAAAGAUCAUCAAAUAUCCCCACUUAGGAACAGGGGAAAUUUCGACAUGAGCGUCGACAUGGCAGUGGAUAAAGGUGAGAGUACUGCACAACAAUUCAAGUCACUAGAAGAUGAGCAUAUAGAGCAGAUGAUUGAGGAAUUGCUUGAUUAUGGAUCUAUUGAGCUCUCUUCCUGUCUCCAAGAAUGAGACUCAAUACAAAUGCACAAGCAUUACUUGCUUAAGUAGCUUCAAAUGGAAAUCGUUCUGUCUCUCUAACUCACUCUGUCACUCAGUUAGUCGGGAAGGCCAUGAUUGAUGAAGCGUUUGCAAUUAAAAAAGCUAUCGAGAAAGCGAUACAUAAUGGUCCGAGAAUUAAUAUAUAUUUUUUCUUAUGCGGAAGGUCUAGUAGAUGUAGUGCAAAAAAAAGUGAAGGCUACUUUGGGAUGUGAAUGUAGCUUGUGAAGAUAUUUGGAACAUAUUCGUCCUUACAUUCA